CUUACUGUCGGAAGUCUGAAGAAGUGAACCAACUACCGGGGCUCGAACUUUCGAGGAAAAUGCAACUAAAACACCAGAGGACAUGCGAGGCAAAUGGUAAAAACAUUUGGAAAUACACGAAGCUCUGAAUCCUGGAUUCCUGGACUUUAGAAAUCGGCAGCAGUUCCAACAAUGACCCUACUCUAAAAAAAAACUCCGUAAGAGAAAAAGGAAUAAAUGAUCUGCAGCGGCAGUGGUAAAAAAAACAAUGUAUAAGUCCUUAACCAAAGACUGCAUGAAGAGAACUCUAUAACAAUCUAUGCACAUCAAGAAGUUCAAUUGGAGAGGCUGAAACCAGACUUUCACCAUGUCUUGUGAUGCUGAGCAGCGGUUGAAGAGUCUGGAGAAGCUCUACCUGAGUGGAGUACAUAAGAGCAGUGGACAGGCAGUUAGUAUUGAGACACUACUGGAUGUAUUCCUGCUCUUAUAUAAUGAAUGCCACAACUCAACAAUCCGCAGGGAGAAGUCAGUUUCAGAUUUUCUUGAGUUUGCUCGCCCGAUUGCUCAGAAGAUCAAGUUGCUACGGUUACGCAGAGAUGACUUUGAAACACUGAAGGUCAUAGGUCGAGGUGCUUUUGGUGAGGUUGCCGUGGUGAGAUUAAAGAACACAGACAAAAUCUUCGCCAUGAAACUUCUCAACAAAUGGGAGAUGCUGAAGAGGGCUGAGACGGCCUGCUUUAUAGAAGAGAGAGAUGUUCUUGUGAAGGGAGACGAUAGAUGGAUAACUCAUCUUCAUUAUUCGUUCCAAGAUGAUGACUACUUGUAUUUCGUCAUGGAUUACUACAGUGGCGGUGACCUUUUGACUCUACUUAGUAAAUUUGAGGACCGCCUCCCAGAGGACAUGUCUCGCUUCUACAUCGCUGAGAUGGUCCUAGCCAUUGACUCAAUACAUCAAUUACACUAUGUGCAUCGAGACAUCAAACCUGACAAUGUCUUACUGGAUCAACAUGGUCACAUACGCCUCGCUGACUUUGGAUCAUGUCUCAAGAUGCAAGAUGAUGGCUCGGUGCAGUCAAAUGUUGCCGUGGGAACGCCUGAUUAUAUUUCACCUGAGAUUCUCAGGGCGAUGGAGGAUGGCAAAGGGAAGUAUGGGCCAGAGUGUGACUGGUGGUCCCUCGGUGUUUGUAUGUAUGAGAUGUUAUUUGGUGAGACACCAUUCUACGCAGAAUCACUUGUGGAAACCUACGGCAAGAUUAUGAACCAUAAAGAUCAGUUUGCCUUCCCGCCUGACAUUGAUGACGUGUCUGAAGAAGCCAUGGAUCUAAUCAGGAAGCUGAUAUGUCACGCUGAACAACGUCUUGGGAUUAAUGGUCUGGAAGACUUUAAGAAUCACCCUUUCUUUGCUGGCAUUGAUUGGGAAAACAUCAGAGAAAUGUCACCGCCGUACAAACCAGACGUAAAGAGUCCGACUGAUACAUCUAACUUUGAUGUAGAUGAGACGGAUCUGAAGCAAUCAGAGACAGUACCACCAAACACACACGCAGCCUUCACUGGCAACCAUCUUCCAUUUGUAGGAUUUUCAUUUACAAGGGAUAGUUGCUUAUCUGACUUGGGGUCACUGCUAGAAUCCAAAGAUGUAAUGAUAACUGACUCUACAGACAGCAUCACUGUGGAAGCUUAUGAGAGAAGAAUCAAAAGACUAGAAGCAGAGAAGAGUAGUCUCAGCAGUAAAUUAUCAGAUGCAACACGACAACUUCAAGACAGCAAUCGUUCAGCGCCAAGCUCAGGAAACAAUGAAGUCAAACAUCUUAAAGAUGAGAUCGAUUCAUUGAAUAAUAAAUUGAAAGAGGCCCAACUUACCAACAACCGCUUGGAGAAAGAUGUUCAAGAUGCUUUGGCAAUGAGGAAAGAUGAUGAAGAGAAGAACUCUAAAAUUAGGCAACUAGAAAAACAAUACAGGUCUUCAAAACAAGAGAAGGAAGAGUUACAACGAGAAGCCAUGACGUUACAAGAGACUAAUAAACAACUGAAUAAAGAAACGAAAGAGGCUGUGUCACAACGUAAACUAGCCAUGCAAGAAUUCGCUGAGAUCAAUGAAAUAAUGUCGGAGUUGAAGUCUCAGAAGACGAAGCUUACCCGGGACAUGAGAGACAAAGAAGCAGAGUGUGACGCCAUGAAUCAAAAAGUGGAAAUGCAGAGGUUGGAUCUCCGCAAGAAUGAUAAACGCUGUCAGGAGCUUGAGACACUACUUGAAGAGAGAGAAGCGGAGUUGAAUCGAGAGAAGAAAUUACGCCUUCAGAGUGAUCACUUUGCUAAGCAGCUGGAGGAGGAGGUAGAAAUGGUUAAGAAGCGUGGUCGUGUACAUCUGCAGUCAGCCGGUGCUCAUGACAUGAAGCAGCAAGAGUUGACUAAACUCAGAGCUGAGUUAGAGAGGCAGAAAGUCAUGUAUGAAGAAGGAUUAAGCAAAGAGAAAUCUAGACAUACCAUAGAGGUUAAGAGUCUUAAAGAAACGAUAUCAGAGCAUGAACGCCAGAUCCUCAAAGUGAAACAAGAAGUUAGUCAAUAUAAAGACAAGCUUGGGAAAGUAACGGACAGUUCACAAACGCAACAAGAUGAUUUAGACACAAUGAGGAGGAAACUUGAUCGGGAAAAGGCCGUGCUGGAUGAAGAGAAUAGGAAACUAGGAAUGGAGCUGGAUAAGGCAAUUUCUGAAUAUGAGAAGAAGUGUCGUGAAGUGAAGACUCUUGAAGAGCAAUUCAAGGAGAUGUCUGAUAAGGAUAAUGUAGCUCACUGGGAGGCACAGAUUGGAGAAAUUAUUCAAUGGGUGAGUGAUGAGAAGGAUGCAAGAGGAUACCUCCAGGCUUUAGCCAUCAAGAUGACCGAUGAAUUAGAAGGGGUCAAGAAAUCAGGAAUUGUUGGUGCAGCGCGGCAAAAGGAUUGGCAAUCGAGACGGUCUCAGAAGAUGGACAAGAUGGAAUUAUUGAAUCUUCAAUCGAGCCUUCAGAGUGAAGUACAGGCUAAGGAACAGAUCAAUAAGGAGUUGUCAAAGGUCAAGACGGACCAAGUGGCAACAGAGAGUAAAUUAAAAACAUCUGAAGCACAAAAUAAGGAGCUUUUAUUGAAGGUGGAAGCUUUGCAGAAUCAAGUCAAGGAAUUGGAACAGAAAAUGGAUGACUACAGCACUAAAUCUAUGGGGACUAAAGAGCCAUCGCAUCUCUCCUUCAUUGAGAAGUUUCUUAACACAGAUGUCAAAGAGUUUGACUUUGACUCGGAGGAUGGAAUACCUGAAUCCAAGGAAGAUAAAUAUGAAGACAACCACAAAGAUCAGGUUGACACAGCCACUUCUCCUAAACCAGUGGCCACAGUCACACCAGUAACACCCGUCCAACAACCCAAGCCAAAGGCUCAUAAAUUUGUUAUAUGCACGUUCAGUGUUCCACUGAAAUGUGCCCAUUGUACAUCCCUCAUGCUCGGCCGAAUCAGGCAGGGAAUGAGAUGCGAAGUGUGUCAGUACUCAUGUCACGUUGCUUGUUCAUCACAAGCUGCUCACGUGUGUCCAAUUCCGGCUGAUCAAAUUGCCAAACCUCUUGGCGUUGAUCCUAAUCGAGGUAUUGGAACAGCCUAUGAAGGAACACUGAAGAUCCCUAAGCCAGGAGGAGUACGAAAGGGCUGGAUGAGACAGUUUGCCGUAGUAUGUGACUUUAAACUCUUCUUGUUUGAUAUGUAUGAAGGAAAGAGUAAUCAGAGCAAUCUGGAACCAUCACACAUCAUUGAUAUGAGAGAUGAGGAAUUUCUAGUUAGUACAGUCAAAGAAUCGGAUGUAAUACACGCUGAUAAGAAGGAUGUACCCUGUAUCUUUAAGGUUGCCGCCUCUCAGCUCAACCCUCCUGGCAUCACAGCCCAGUUUCUCCUCCUAGCAUGCAGUGAACAUGAAAAGAAGAAAUGGGUCAAUGCCUUGAAUGAGCUGCAUAAGAUCCUACGUCGUAACAAGCGCCAGGAAGUACCGGUGUUUCUUGCUAAGGAGGUUUGCGAUCCUAGUAUGACUCUCAUCAAGAUGAGCCACUGUGCUGAUUUUCUUGAUUCUGAUAGAUUUGUGCUUGGGACGGAUGAAGGUUUAUUCUGUCUUCAACUGUCUAGUGGUAUCAUUGUACGGGUAGAUAGUAAGAAGAUAUUCCAGGUUGAGGUUAUGCCCACCGAACAGCUCAUCGUAGUCAUCUCAGGGAGAAGUCGUCAUUUGCGUCUCUUUCCGAUCCUGGCCUUGAAUCAAGAAGUAGCAACCAUCAAAGUAGAAGAACCCAAAGGUAGUACACUGUUUACCACUGGAACCAUCCGACAAGGGUCUACUAUGUGUAUGUGUGUUGCCAUGAAGCGUCAUGUCAUUGUUUAUGAAUUCAAUCGCACCAAACAACGCCAUAAGAAGGUUAAGGAACUAACACUUCCAGCUCCGUGCUCAUGUCUAGAGCUGUUUGAAGAAAGACUGUGUGCGGGAUACACAUCUGGUUUCGGACUCUUCAGCAUACAAGGAGAGGGACAGCAUAUACAGCCUUUGCUGAAUGUUGAAGAUCCUUCGCUAUCUUAUCUUCAGAAGACGCCAGUAGACGCACUGACAGCCGUUCAGAUCAGUAACAAAGAAUAUUUAUUGUGUUUCAUGACCGUUGGAGUGUAUGUAGAUUACCAUGGACGCAGGACAAGGAAACAAGAGUUAAUGUGGCCAGCAGUACCAACAGCUAUCUGUUUUAACUGCCCGCAUCUAGUGGUAUACAGUGAGGUAUCAGUGGAUAUGUUUGAUGUCCAUCAUAUGGAAUGGUUCCAGACGAUACCAAUCAAAGGGACGCGUCCAGUAAGCCGUGAUGGUAGCUUCAAUCUGUGUUACUUAACAGAUCUGCACACACCUAGACUCAUGUAUCUACAUAACAAUGAUAGAGAUAGUGAUGAUUUAGUUGUUCCUCGUGUGAGCAAACAGAGCAUCAAGAGAGACAAGGGAAGGUUUUCAUUCAAGAAUAGAGACGACAUCAAGAAGACGGAUCGCAAGUCAUUGAUUUCAGCCCCGUCAGAUUUCAACCAUAUUACCCAUAUGGGACCUGGAGAUGGGAAACAGAUCCUUAGAGACUUGCCAUCGAGGAAGAUUCCACUGCGAGAAGAGAAGCAAGGAGGGCGUGAUUUCAACCGAGUCCGUAGCAUGUUCCAACCCGGGGUCCCCGGUAUGAAGUCCGGAUCGCUGGGUCGAGAACGUCCCUCUUCAAUGAUCUCAUCAGCAGGUAGAGGAGGAGACGUCAACGGUGGAGGCGUCUUGCAGCCUGGCUCUGGAAUGUCAGGCGAGGGCAGCAUUCAUGAGGGAUCAGUACGCAGCUACAGCGACGAUUCACCACCUCUGUCGAGCCAUUCACCCAGGCAUUCAUUAGGUUCAAGCUCCAGUACUCCUCCUACGCCUCACAGGACAAGCCAGGUUGAUCCAGAUCAACUCUCUGGUGGGUCUGGAGGCUGGGACGGAGACGCUAAAGGAACAUCGUACUAAAUAAAUCAUCAACAACAACCUCUUUAUAUGGACUGGAAGCAAUCUGUCUCCUAAAACUGUAUCAUGUUUAGUCUCAUCCAAGUGUCUUACAGAAUGUUUCGGGUGGGUUGGCAUGAUGCAAUCUUGUGUCGUUAAAGCUGUGUUCAAGUUCGCGUAAGGAUCAAUGGUUAAAGUAAAGGUUUGCGGUAACACCAUGUAAUGAUUAUCUCUAAAUGAGUUGGGGUGGUUCUGAAAAGAACUGUUGGUUUCAACUCAACGCUUUAAUCAGUAGGCUCUGAUCGUCUUCUGGAGAUCAAUGGUUAACGAGUGGUUGUUCAGUGAUGUACGAAGGGCAUGCGCACAGAGGUUGAAGUGCGAACAACUCUUGUCAUAUAAACCAGGGCGACCAGCAAUUUUACGGCAGUAUCAUUUUUUAAUAAGUGGUCCACUCUGCGCUGUGCUAUGAAACUGUCCGUCGGUAACCAGCUAUGCGACCAUGGCCGGUAGGCUGGUUCUAAAUAGUCGACUAGCAUAGUCCAAACUUUGGUUGACUAGACAGUUUAAGCAAUGUAAGCCAAACUACGGUCAACUAUAGUCCUUGCGUGAACUUAGCCUCUACUUGAGUUUAUCUGCGAGCUGGAUCAAGAUCCGGAUGUGUCCAACACUCUACCUACUCCCUAAUGGGAUUAACUUGGGAUUAACACGGAUUAGUAGAAACCUGAGUCUUCUGAAGACAGUCUUUUGGUAUGGAUGUAUGGAAUGCUGGGAUUUUUCUAAUACCUUGGCUUGGGCUCCAUCACCGGAUUGGACUGCGCGCGCUGCGCACGUAGUGGAAACGCAGCUCGGCAUAUAUCAUGCAUUUUGGAGCAGCGUGUAUUUUGAACACGGUGCCUGGAGCCUGAGACAAGGUUUGAGAAAGGCCCCUAAUAUCUUCAGUCUAAUCCAAAGAGUCCAUCAAUAUAACGCAUAAGGCAAUGUUAUGUCAAAAUAGUGUUACUCACAAUGUGCAACUUAUUGAAGAUAGAAACAAUAUCUUUUAAAUGCAUGGCCCUCUGAGUACCAGACAAUGAAUUUGUACUUAAAGCAACAACUGGGCAUUUUGUUUUGUUAUAAAUAACCUUGAGAUGUGAAUGUACAUUGGUAAUAUUUAAAUAAGGAGUGAAUUUUAAUUGUAGACGAUGAUUAGAUGAAAACUAACUUGUGUUUUCCAAUGUUAGUAACCAUCCCUGUAAAUCCUAACCAUUCUGUGCUAUCGUUGCUCACUUGGCUUUUAAACUCAUCCCCCAAAAAAGUAAUUUUAGAGUGUGGAAAAUAGUUGUGGAACUUUUAAUACUAAAAACUUUUAGCUUUUGCGUGUGUUGCAAAGAAUAAAUUUAGCGUUAAAUGAGGAUAAACAUCUGGUUUUGAAUAUUCAUAGAAAGUGCUGGUGAGGAUUUUAACGCAUAAAUUAUCGCAUAUACCAACUUGAUAAAAUUACAUUAACCAAAAGUGCUGCAAACUGUUGCUCAAAAUCAUGAUCCAACUUCAAGGAUCUGCUUAUUCUUAGCUUACAGUCAACAUUCUUUGCUGGUGUAGGUGAAAAAUGCUUAGUAAAGUGAGGUACACACAAGCAAUUGCAAUAAUUCCUUGGUAACCUUUUGAAGUACGCCUACUUUAAAUGUAUUUGACUACUGCAGCACUGACUUGUUUUGCUUGAGUUCAGCUUAGCCAUGUUGCCUGGUCGUCUAGUUACUGAAUCACAAUUUCAUUAUUUAUGCAAUUCAUAUAGACGUUAAACCAGUGUUUGUAUGCGAGAGAUUGGCUGAUGCCAGCUUGGUGUUAAUAUCCCCUUGUGGGAGUUUGCCAAGUUCCCUUGAUGGGAAGAUCAUGUAAACAAACGUGGAAUAAGCCCCAGGUCUCAGGGAGAAAUUCCUGCUAACAUAAUAUGGGAUGGUGUGGCUUGUGGGUCUUCCUGCGUAUUAUCAGCUUUAAUAGGAACCUUUAAGCAGGAAUUCUGCCUUCAGCAAUAUCAUGAUUGAUAUAACUAUGUAGCGGAAAGGCUACACAGUCGGAAUAUUAAGAAUCAUUGGAUAAUGAUAGCUGAUGGGCAAACCAACUCACUUGAGGUUUACUUGUGCAUCUUACCUUCUAGACUCAAUUUCAUAAAAAACGCAAGCAGCCAUUUUGUGCUUACGGAGCGUCCCUUAGUAGAAUUUCUAUUUCAUAAUGCUGUUUAGGUUUACCAUAAUCAGGGGUAAAUGCUGACUAACUCGCGGUAAGCACAUGAGUAAUUUAACAAUGCAAACCAAUGGUGAAUGUGCAUGUGUGCCUAGAUUUUGUCUGCUAACUUGAAAAUCUUGAUGAAGUAAGCUUAUGCUUAGCACAUUUUUCUUUUCUGCUACAGUAAGCUUACAAAAUUUGCUUAGCGGUAAACAGCAUUAUCUAAUUGGGCCCUGGACUAAAUUUCAUGGAGCUGCUUAACCCUGUGCCCAACAAUGUUCUGCUAAGCAGAAAUGAGCUGGCCCCUAGAUGGUAAAUGUGAAAUGGUACUUUGGCUUGUAACCUUAUUCUGGUAAGCAUGGUUUCACUGUGGUUCUGUACUUUUUCCGCUGAAGCAGCUCUUUUAUAGUUGGGCCUUUUAAUAUCGGUACUCGAUUUCAUACAACUCCGUACGGAAAACAUCAGUAAAUAACCCGACAUUCAGUAUAGGUCCAGUCACAUUCCAUUUAUACCAUGAACUUGGGUGGCGGUUCACACGUAGCGACUCAAAGUAAACUUUGCGUAAAUUCAUCUCUACUUGUCACUAUCUAUGGUUUCAAGCUCUAUCAACGCUCUUUAAAAACACAAGAUUUUAAAAUAUAUGUGUGAAACUUUUGUCAAGUUCUGCAUAUAUGACUUGAAUAUCUAUCAUUUCAUCUGAUUAUUUCAUUGCGUUUGUAUUGAGGGCUGUUUAAAAGAAAAGUUUUAUAUUUAUAUGACUUUGCAUCAAUCAUUGGCUUAAGUAAAUAUCACAUUUCAUUUGUUACCCUUUGCACUUUUCCCCCGUUCGAUAUUAUUUUUCCUUCUUCGUUUGACAGUCAACAUUUGCCAAACUAAUGCAGAAUGCAUAGAGUGAUAUUUUUGAGAUACAGUUUUUUUGAUAUUCUAGUGGUAGUGUUUUUUAAGUAAGGUUAGUGUAGCAGUCGGAACAGUACUAUUCAUGUGGUGUUACAUGUUAAUCAAUCUGGGUAGUGUACCAGUAGUGAAAUAGAGCAAACAUUUAGUGUAUUAACGUCCAUUUUACAACAUGAACUGAUAGAAAUGAUAUGUUCUGCACCAACUAGAGAAUCGGCCCAACUACAGUUGGAAAGGCCCAAAACUAUAGCUGGGAUCAUCCCAACUACUGUUUUGAUCAGCCCAAUUGUAGAUGGGGUAACCAAACUGUAGUUGGGGUUAGCCCAACUGUAGUUGGGAUCGGCCCAACUGUAGUUGGGGUUAGCCCAACUGUAGUUGGGGUUAGCCCAACUGUAGUUGGGAUAGGCCCAACUGUAGUUGGGGUUAGCCCAACUGCAGUUGGGGUUAGCCCAACUGUAGGUUGGGUUAGCCCAACUGUAGUUGGGUUAGCACAACUGUAGUUGGGGUUAGCCCAACUGUAGGUUGGGUUAGCCCAACUGUAGUUGGGUUAGCACAACUGUAGUUUGCGUUAGCCCAACUAUAGUUGGGCCGAUUCUAUAGUUGGUACAAAACAAUGCAUUCUCUAAUUACUUAGUGUCAACUACAACACCACAAACAGUUCAAGAAUCUUUAGUACAACAUACCUGUUAUAAAGUGCAUUACGCAAUGACCCCAACCAUUUCAAAGUGAUGCUGUAACUGUGAUAUACAUAGGUGGAUAUGCUCAAACUUAGUUUAUAUUUUACAGAAAAUAAUGAAGCUUUUCUGU